GGGUUUUGGGUUGGGGUGUGAAUGGCAAAAGUGGGGGUGCUGUGGGGGGCGGCAGAGUGAGUGAAAGAUCGGAGCUUUGAGUGAUGGACACAAGAGGAAGACUUGUUGCUGGUUCUCAUAACAGGAACGAGUUUGUGCUCAUCAAUGCAGAUGAAAAUUCACGGAUACAGCCUGUGCAAGAAUUAAGUGGGCAAAUAUGUCAAAUUUGUGGAGAUGAGAUUGAACUUACAGUUGAUGGAGAGCCCUUUGUUGCCUGCAACGAAUGUGCUUUCCCUGUGUGCAGACCUUGUUAUGAGUAUGAGAGAAGAGAAGGAAAUCAGGCUUGUCCACAUUGUAAAACCAGAUACAAACGCAUCAAAGGUAGUCCUAGGGUUGAAGGUGACGAAGAAGAAGAUGACAUUGAUGAUUUGGACAAUGAGUUCAAUUGUGGGAAUCUUGAUGCCUUGGGCCCUCAUCAAGUUGCAGAGUCUGUCCUGUCUGCACGCCUUAACGUUGGCCGCAGUUCCAACUACAAUGCCAGAAUUCCCACACAUUCAGAACAUGAAUCCUCUCCUUUGGGUUCUGAAAUCCCACUCUUGACCUAUGGUGAAGAGGACACUGAAAUUUCUUCCAAUCGACAUGCUCUUAUUGUACCUCCGUAUAUGGGUCAUGGAAACGGAGUCCAUCCCGUGCCUUUUUCUGAUCCCUCUUCAUUGGAACCUAGACCAAUGGUCCCUAAGAAAGACAUUGCAGCGUAUGGGUAUGGGAGUGUGGCGUGGAAAGACCGAAUGGAGGAGUGGAAGAAAAAGCAGAAUGAAAAACUUCAAAUUGUAAAGCAUGAAGGAGUUAGCGAUGGAGGAAACUGUGGUGGGAAUGAUGAACUGGAUGAUUCUGACUUACCCAUGAUGGAUGAAGGCAGGCAGCCACUUUCAAGAAAGUUACCCAUCCCUUCAAGCAAGAUAAAUCCAUACAGAAUGAUAAUAAUACUCCGCCUUGUAAUACUUGGCUUAUUCUUUCAUUAUAGAAUCCUCCAUCCAGUUAAUAAUGCAUAUGGCUUGUGGUUGACAUCAGUCAUAUGUGAAAUAUGGUUUGCUAUAUCAUGGAUUCUGGAUCAAUUCCCCAAAUGGCAUCCAAUAAAGCGAGAAACAUACCUAGAUCGACUAUCGCUUAGGUAUGAAAAAGAAGGGAAGCCAUCUGAAUUAGCCAGUGUAGACAUAUUUGUUAGUACAGUUGACCCUCUGAAAGAACCUCCACUAAUCACUGCAAACACGGUUCUGUCCAUCCUUGCGGUUGACUAUCCAGUUGACAAAGUUGUGUGCUAUGUCUCGGAUGAUGGUGCUGCCAUGCUUACUUUUGAAGCUCUCUCUGAGACAUCUGAGUUUGCCAGGAAAUGGGUUCCUUUCUGUAAGAAGUUUAGUAUUGAGCCCCGAGCCCCAGAAUGGUAUUUCUGUCAAAAGAUUGACUAUUUGAAAAAUAAAGUUCAUCCAGCAUUUGUAAGGGAAAGACGUGCAAUGAAGAGAGAAUAUGAAGAAUUUAAAGUUAGGAUCAAUGGUUUGGUAGCCUUGGCACAAAAGGUUCCUGAGGAUGGCUGGACAAUGCAGGAUGGUACUCCCUGGCCCGGGAAUAAUGUACGAGACCAUCCUGGCAUGAUUCAGGUCUUUCUGGGUAACAAUGGUGUUCGUGAUGUUGAAGGAUAUGAGUUACCUCGUCUAAUUUAUGUUUCUCGUGAAAAGAGACCAGGGUUUGAUCACCAUAAAAAGGCCGGUGCAAUGAAUGCUCUAAUUCGGGUCUCAGCAAUUAUCUCAAAUGCUCCUUAUAUUCUGAAUGUUGACUGUGAUCACUACAUCAACAAUAGCAAGGCAAUCAGAGAAGCUAUGUGUUUCAUGAUGGACCCUACAUCAGGGAAGAAAGUUUGCUACGUGCAGUUCCCUCAAAGAUUUGAUGGGAUUGAUCUUCAUGAUAGAUACUCAAAUCGGAAUGUUGUAUUCUUUGAUAUCAACAUGAAAGGGUUAGAUGGUAUACAAGGACCAAUAUAUGUUGGAACUGGGUGUGUUUUCAGAAGGCAAGCGCUUUAUGGAUACGAUGCUCCUACCAAAAAGAAACCCCCUAGAAAAACCUGCAAUUGCUGGCCAAAAUGGUGCUGCCUGUGUUGUGGAUCUAGAAAGAACAAGAAUGCAAAGUCAAAGAAAGAGAAAAAGAAAAAAUUGAAACAGAGGGAAGCAUCAAAGCAGAUACAUGCACUUGAAAAUAUUGAAGAGGGAAUUGAAGAACUAAAAGCCAAUAAAACAUCCACCAUGUCCCAACUGAAAUUGGAGAAGAAAUUUGGACAGUCUCCAGUUUUUGUAGCCUCUGCAGUUUUGGAAAAUGGUGGAAUACCUCAGGAUGUCAGUCCUGCAUCGCUCUUGAAAGAAGCCAUCCAAGUGAUAAGCUGUGGUUAUGAAGACAAAACAGAAUGGGGAAAGGAAGUUGGCUGGAUAUAUGGUUCUGUUACUGAGGAUAUUCUAACAGGAUUUAAGAUGCACUGCCAUGGAUGGCGAUCUGUCUACUGCAUACCCAAACGUCCAGCAUUCAAAGGAUCAGCUCCUAUUAACCUUUCUGAUCGUUUAAAUCAAGUUCUUCGGUGGGCCCUUGGAUCUGUUGAGAUCUUCCUUAGUAGACAUUGCCCAAUCUGGUAUGCAUAUGGGAGUGGAUUGAAAUGGUUGGAACGAUUUUCAUAUAUAAACUCAGUUGUAUAUCCAUGGACCUCCAUUCCCUUGAUCGUUUAUUGUAGUCUACCAGCCAUCUGUCUUCUGACUGGGAAAUUCAUUGUCCCUGAGAUAAGCAACUAUGCCAGCAUUAUUUUCAUGGCUCUCUUCAUAUCCAUAGCUGCAACUGGUAUCCUUGAGAUGCAAUGGGGUGGCGUCGGGAUUGAUGACUGGUGGAGAAAUGAGCAGUUCUGGGUAAUUGGAGGCGCUUCGUCACAUCUUUUUGCUCUGUUCCAGGGUCUACUCAAGGUUUUGGCUGGUGUUAACACAAGCUUCACAGUUACAUCGAAGGCAGGAGAUGAUGGAGCAUUUUCUGAACUUUACAUCUUCAAGUGGACAUCAUUAUUGAUCCCUCCUACAACUUUAUUAAUAAUAAACAUAGUCGGGGUUGUCGUGGGCAUUUCAGACGCCAUCAAUAACGGGUAUGAUUCAUGGGGUCCGUUUUUUGGUCGGCUAUUUUUUGCCUUCUGGGUCAUUGUGCAUCUCUACCCCUUCCUCAAGGGAUUGCUGGGGAAACAAGAUAGGAUGCCCACCAUCGUUGUGGUUUGGUCCAUUCUACUGGCAUCAAUAUUAACUCUUAUGUGGGUUCGAAUCAAUCCCUUUGUGUCAAAAGAUGGCCCCGUAUUGGAGGUUUGCGGGUUAAAUUGCGAUUAGACACAUGAAUACAGUCGUAGGUUGUUCUCAGUUCCAGCUUAUGGUCGUUCUGGAGUUGCAGAAGUAUUCGUUCCUCAGGUUAGAAACAUUUCAUACCGAUUUCCACAUGAACAAGCGAAAUUUUUUGUGGGGAUGAAGUCUAUAGUUUAGUGCGGUGUCUGCGUAGAUAAAGAGGGCUGGGGGAUGACACUGUUAUUUGUUCUAUUAAUUCUUUUAUUACAUCCUGUGGGUUUUAGGGUUUCUUUGUUUCUGGGUGUCCUUCCCAGCACUAGGUCUUGUUUUCUAAGAGAGCAUUGCAUGCAUUAUUACUGUUUUUUUUUUAACGUUGGACGUGCAUCUUCCUUGUUCUUUUUCUUUUUUCCAAGAAAAAAAUUGGGCUUAUAAAUGUGAUGCCAUGGCGUCUUCAAAA